CCUAGGGUUUAGAUCAGUUCUGUGGAACGAUGAGUUUUCAUAAUUUAUCGUGAAGGAGUAAUUGUACAAAUACAAGCAUCCACCUGGCGAGCGUGCAGUGUCGGUGUGUGUUCACAGUAAAAGGAUUCAUAAGAAUAGAGUUGUUGCAGGAUGGCAUUUAUCUGCAUGAUAGCAUUGGCGUUAGCGCUGGUAAGCACAACAGCAUGGAGUUCUCAUCCCUUCGAAUCGGCACAAGAUCAAUACGAAGCGCGCGAGGAUAGGCCCCAACGCCAGCUGCUCACCGAAGCAACAGAUCAUCGUCCAGGAGUCCCCAUGCCUCAACAAUCCGACAACAGCAAACUUCCAGUCCAAGAAAAUAACAAGAGGAAAAAUGUGCGAAAACGAAGUUAUUAUCCUUGGCAAAAUGAAGUAACUUAUGAAGUGCCAUAUCAGAGUAUCACUGUUUGGAAGCCUCCAGUGUACCAGAUAAGCAGGCCGUAUUAUAUCCCCAUUUUUGGGGUUCCGGGUCGAGUGCCCAUUUAUUAUCCCCCUCAACCGUUCGUUAAUCCGGGAGUACCAAAGGAUAAUAAAAAACCAUUUGUGGGGCCUACGUACUUGCCACCUGAGACUACAACCAUGAGUAUCAGGGAUAGAUUUAACGGUGGUGAUAAUUAUGAUGAUAGACCCAUAUGGGCUGAUGAAAAUGGGAAAACAACGGAAACUAGUGUUGUUCCAACACGAAAACCGCGACCAUCAAGACCCAGGACGCCGCCACCUCUUGUCCACAAUCCCACUGAUCCUGAAGAAAAUGCGAAGGAAUCAGAAACUCCAACAACCGUUUCAACACCUGUUUUUAGGCCCAAUGAACCUAGCAGAUGCGUCUGGGCUAUAAUUUCCUGUUGUUCCUCCACAGCUGAAGUUAGUUACGACUGUUUUGAACAACGAGGGUGUCCUGGGGCGUUCUGGGACCAGAGUCCAUGUGACAACGACUUCGCCCAAGCUGCCAUAGCCGCUGCUUUGAAUUACUACAAUAAGAAGUAAAAGUUCCUGUGUGUGUUUUAGUGACUAACAGCAUCAGUAUUAAAAGUGUGUUUUCGAGUGUUGACACUUGAUUAUUACAAGUGCGACUUAUAAAGUAUGCAGCAUCCAAUUAAAAGGAAAAAAAUCCGUGUUAGUUGUAGCUGAAAGAGGCAACAAAGUGGAGAGCUCUAAGCUACCACCAUCUGUCGCAGUUCCUGACAGCAGCCGCAGUGGUAAUUAAAUUUGCCGAAUGUCGCUGAAUGUUGAACCGGGGUUUUACUUCGAAAUCAAUGUCUCGAAUAAAAUUGCUAAUUGAUCCAAAAAUGCUUGUAGACAAUUUUUUAGGUUUAUUUAUUUUUUAUUAAAACGAAAAUAAAGCUUAGUGUCUAUUUCGUUACAAA